GCAGAAAACCAACCUAAUUUUGAAAAUUUUACAAGAACUUUACAAACUGUCAUUCAAGAAAUUUCACUGAUGCCUGAUAAUAUUUUAAAUAUGAAUAUUGCACGACAGCUAGCACAAAUCAGUAUGACUUUUCAAAGUACAGAAAUGUCAACUGUGGAGAGAAGAAUUUCUAUUAUGGAGAGUUCUAUGAACAACAUGCAAACAGCAAUAACAAAUAUGCAUAUGU